AAUCGAGGCGGUUGUUUGACUCGUCGUCGCGUUACGACUACUAGUCAUAUUGUAGGACGAAAAAUUUCGCAAACAUUUCGUACAAACUUAUGAUCACGUGUCGAGGGUAUAGUCGAUGUAAAAAAUUGUGAAAUACAACCGUGUGAGGUGAAAACGAAAACUAAUCGAACUGGAUUCGAUUAGAAACAAUAUUUUCCGUGCUUACUUGAGGGAUAAAAGGGCAAUUCAGCUUGGUGAAAAUUUUGUUCAACGUUUUUGAAUAAUCCUCGAUCCUCAAUAUGGCGCCUACUAAAAGGUUCGAGAGCACCCUCGUCGGUCUCAAAUAUCCAAGCGAAAGGGACAGCGUGAUUAAAACGGGAGCUAAAUGGCUGAAGGACAAGAGGCAGGACGACGGAGCUGAGGGACUAUGGCGAGUAGAUGACAAACUUUACGACCUGAGUGAAUUUGCGAAGAGUCAUCCUGGCGGUACCGAGUGGAUCACGCUGACUCGGGGCACUGACAUCACCGAGGCUUUCGAGGCACACCAUGUCAGAUCGACUGCCGAACUAAUGCUGCCAAAGUUCUUUGUUCGGAACGCCAUCGCCCCGAGAGCCAGUCCCUUCACCUUCAAGCCCGACGGAUUUUAUAGAAGGUUCAAGGCCCGUGCCAGAGAAGCUCUGAAGGACGUGGACUUCCACAAGUCUUCUCGAACAUCAAACCUCAUCGCCGAUUCUCUCUUCGUGGGCACGAUCGCUCUUUCCGUCAUCGCUGCAACCACUCGAUCGUGGAUCGCCAUUGUAGGCAGUGGGGUUCUUCUCACCUGGACAGCGAUAACCGGUCAUAAUUUCAUGCACCAGCGAGAUUCCUUUCGCAUGUACUAUAUGGACCUGCUGUUACUGUCCUCGAGAGAAUGGAGAAUCAAUCACGCACUGAGUCACCAUCUAUUCACCAACACCGUUCAGGACAUGGAGAUAACCGCGUUCGAACCGUUCCUCUCGUGGCUUCCUCGGCCCGACAAGGGACCGUUUACACGCUUCGUAUCUUGGAUAAUUUCGCCCCCUGUAUACACUCUAAUGAUCUUCGAGGAGGGACUGAAAAGGAUAUACUCGACAUUCUGGGAGUGGAACGGACCCGGGGUCAGGGACGCCGUCCCAUUCCUGAUACCAGCGGUGAUGUGCGUCGUGGCACCUCCAGCCGUCGCCUUAUGGACCUGGAUGAAAGUGAUCGCGGUGGCCAGCUUCCACUUUACCGCUGUUGGAGUCAGCGCGGCUCAUCAUCACCCGGAUAUCUUCCACGACGGAGACGUUCAUCGUGAGGACAUGGACUGGGGCCUGGCUGAGUUGGACGCCGUCCGAGACCGGGCCGAAAUAGACACGUCGAUAUUUUUGGUCCUGACCAGCUUCGGAUCCCACAGCCUCCACCACCUCCUUCCGUCCGUCGACCACGCCUAUCUUUACCUCUGCGAACCUGCGUUUGCGGAAACUUGUAAAGAGUUUGGCAUUAGUACGGAACUUUGGUCGCAGUGGGACCACGUCAAGGGCCAAUUUCUCCAGCUUGUAAACAAUGCGCCGAAGAAGACCGCGAAUACUAGAUGAUUCACAGCACUGUGUCGUCAUAACUACUCGGUACCUUUUGAUGAUUUAUAAGUAGAAUAUUCCGCGAGAAACUUCUAAGCUUUUGUAUACAGCGUUUUUUCGUUUGUCAGAAGUUGGAUCGAGGAAAAACGGUAAAUAUGUUAUAGGAAUUUAAAAUAAAACAAUGUUUUCGAA